CGGUUUAAAUUAUAAAUCUUUGUUGCUAAUUUUUUUUUUUUUUUCAGUUCCGCCAACAAUAAAGGCUGUUAACCAAUUAGUAGGAGCGCCGGUUGAACGGGAAGUAACGUUAGAAUGUAUUGUGGAAGUUUAUCCAAAACCUCUAAACGGAUGGUACCGCAACGAAGGAAAUGUUAAAUUGCACAAUAGCAACAAGUAUAACAUCUCAGAAGCAAUGGUUAAUCUGUACAUGUGGCAUCUUAAUUUGACGAUACGACACCUGACGAAAUCUGACUUUGGAGCUUAUACUUGUUCUAGUGUAAAUGCUCUAGGGAAGAGUGAGGCGCGAAUUCGAUUGCAAGAAUUACGAUUACCGCCCAAGUCGACAACGACGCCAACACCUCACGUGCACACUACCCCGAAGCCGCGUCGGAAGCAGCAGCCCAGCCACAACAAGGGACUGAACGAAGUGGUGCGUGCCAAGGAAACCCAUUUCUCAAAUCAAAUGCAGCAAGAGAACGAUGUAUUCGGCAGCGGGAUUGGUGUGCCCCAAAGCCCCAACGGCGGUGGUGGUGCUGGUGCCGGUGGUAUUGUGGCAAGUGGAAACGUCAACGGCAUGAUAAACGGAGCGGAAGUACAUACGCAAGUUCCAACGCGCAAUGGAUACGAAAAAAUAAAUAAGUCGCCGGGUGCGGUACCAUCGCAUCGUCCGCCGUGGACUUACCCAAGUGCGGGGUCACAGCUGCUUGGCAUAGCAACGACUAAUGCCCAGAUGGCUUUUUUCUGCAUAUUGUCUAUGUAUUUAGUUAAGCUCAUUUAAAAUUAUGAUUCCAACUAAAUCCAACACCAGACUGCAACCAGCAAGGAUGGCAAGGAGCAAGGAUGGCAGUAGGAGAUAGUAGUAGAAGCAGAAGGUACAGUUAACAAUGCACUAUAUUAGCUAUGAAGGGAGAAAAUGAAGUCGGUCUGGUCAAGGCCCAUUUGAGGGUAUCAAUCGUCUGGCCGUCAAGGGGAAGCUUAAUUUGCACUUGUACUUUUUUAAUCUAUCUAUAUAUAUAUCUAUAUGAUAACUUUUCAUAAUGCUAUCGAAACAACUAAUUAAAUCACAUAACAAAGUAUAGUCAAUCAAAAUAGUUUUCAAAAUAUUCUAAAGAA